GAUAAAUAUUUUUAUAAACAAUGUGCGUCAAUAAAAUUUUUCAUCGUGAUCGUAAGACCUUACAAUUACAUUAGAGACUUUUUUACAAAAUGUAACAUUAGGUUGACUUACCUCCCAACCAUCCUGCAAUGAAGUUAAUCCAGUCUAUCAUAAAUAUUCGACUUUUCAUUUUGUACUGGAAUUUUUGUGACAUUUAAUGACAGACAAUGCUGUCAAGAAAGAAUAAAGAAUUAAGAACGAUAAAAGAAGGAGUCGUCGGCAAGUAUGUUAAAAAAGAUACACCGCCUGAAAUGCCGAUUAUUAAUGUAUGGACGACGGAACCAAAGCGUAAAGUAUCUAACCAAAGCAGAACAUCACUAUCCUCGAAUGUACCCUCAAUUUCCAAUAAUGCAAUUUCCCAACCCAGUACGACCAUACAAAAAUUUGGCAAUCAGAAAACGAUGAUUAGUGAUGUAGGUUUAGGUGCGCAUGAAGGUAAAUACACACCCAGUUCGUCCGUACCAGAUCUAGCAACAAGGUUUGCUAAUCUUUCAGUAGGAAUUGCUAAUGAAAGUAAUUCUUCUGUGCCAAGUCAACCUGUUUCAACAAAUGUGAUUUACAGUGCCUCAGAUUCUCAACACACAUACGCAAAUCAAUUUCUAAACUCGUCAUAUAAUUUCGAUCAAUCUGCGAAUAAUGCGAACUAUGUAGAAAUAGAUCAAAUUUACCCGUUGCCUUCAUCAGACACUUCAAACUCGGAAACAAAUUAUAAUCACAGCAGUUCACCCAUUUAUCAAAAUACAAUUGAAACAGCAAACGUCCGAAGGGGAAUCGAUACCUCACCAAUUUACAGUAAUGUAAAUGCAGAAAGGUAUCGACCACAAUCCCAUGGGAUGACGUACAGUGAGUCUGUCGCGAUACGACAGAGUAUUGAGGCAUCUGAUACUGGUCAAGGACAAUCGGAAGAAUUACCUUUACCUUUAGGAUGGUCUGUUGAUUAUACGUUACGAGGCCGAAAGUAUUAUAUAGACCACAAUACGAAAACAACACACUGGUCGCAUCCUCUAGAACAAGAGGGUUUGCCGACUGGCUGGCAAUGUAUUCACUCUCCUCACUAUGGGGUUUACUACGUUAAUCACAUUACUAGACAAGUUCAGUAUGAACAUCCUUGUCUGGUGCCAUGUUAUAAUUAUCAGCCCGAAAUUCGAUACCUGAACCCUCCACGCCACAUACACUAUCAACCGCAUAGUGUCCUUGUACCUGCUAGCCCGUAUUUAUUAGAGGAAAUACCCCAUUGGCUUACAGUGUAUUUCAAAGCGACUGCUGAUUUAGACUACAAAUUGCGCUGGGAUAUGUUUCGUGUAAACGAAUUGGACUGCUACAAUGCAAUGCUUACUAGACUAUACAAGCAAGAGCUGGAAAAAAUCGUAAUGCGUUACGAAUCUUAUAGAGCUGCUUUACUAGUUGAAAUGGAGAAGUUCCGCGAAAAUCAAAGUAACACUAGAGCUGUGACUGGGAAAUAAUAACGUUCCUAUUAUUGUUGAAAUAUUUAUUUUUACCUUAUAGAUUAAUUAUUUGCACUCUACGCUGAAGUACCAAA